AUGUCAGAUUUGAGAUUUGAGCUCGGAGAUCAGAAUGUGACUUUACAGAAAGGUAUGAAGAGGAUGUUGGUAUAUCUCCUCUAUGGAAUCCUUGUUUCCCUGCUUUUAAUUCAGCUGAUGGUAACCGGGAUCAAAUUUUCACAGUUAAACCUGGAAAUUACUGACAUCAAAUUUCACCCCGAAAGACUCAGCCAUCGAGCGUCGGUAACUCGUUGCGUCUUUGUCGCUUCCCGAUUGAAGGUGGGGGGGACAACCACAUCAGAUGUUCAUUUAGAAAAACGUGUCCCUGUUAGAGGAGCAUGUAAGGAGGGAUGGGUGUCUUUCCAAAGCAGCUGCUACUUGCUGUCUCCCACCACCGCCACCUGGAGCAAAGCUCAGCAGCAGUGCCUUUCACACAGAGGACAUCUGGUGGUUGUGAACGGUGUGGAGGAGCUGGACUAUAUCUCAGAAAUCUCAGAAAUCACUUAUAAAUACUGGAUUGGACUGGUGGAGCGAGCACACGAGGGAGAGUGGAGUUGGGUGGACGGAACGGACUACAGUACAACCCCAAAGUUCUGGGACGCACAUCAGCCUGACAAUUGGGCCUUCAGAAAAAACGGCGAGGACUGCGGGCAGCUCCAUGCUACCGACGCACGGAAUGACGCUGACUGCAACGUGGCGUACAACUAUAUUUGUGAAAUGAGGACAUGA